CCGCAACCCAUCCCAUGCCCGCCAAGAGGCCGUCGAAUACGCACGCGCGCCAGUUGGCGGGAACCGGGCUCGGGCGGAAGUCACCGGUUCGUCAACAAGGCGGCGGCUCCUCUCAACGCGGGCGAGUGAAGUAAACCGUGAGGGAGGAUUUACUUGGCGCCCGACCGACCCCUCUUGCCUUGCCCUGCCCGCCCGCGCCAUGUUUUCUGAGCACGCCGCCCGCGGAGAGCGGACGCUGCUGUCGGCGUCGCUGCCCGAGCAGAGCGGCCCCACGUUUGAGCGGCAGCCCACGGCCUCCUACACUAACUGCUCGGCCUGCUUCACCCUGGGCGAGCGCCACUUCAACCGCCAGUACGCCAGCAUCUACGCCUCCCGGCUGAAGCAGAUGAGACCCGCACUCAUCGAGAGGGCCAAACUGAAAUGGGGAGCAGAUGUGGCAGUGAAGAGGUUGUGUGAACUGGAGGUCAAGGAAAAAUGUUCUGUGAUUGGAACUCUCUUCAAAAACAUGGAGUUGAAACCAUCCAUCUUGCGUGAAAUUAGUGAAGAGCAUAACCUGUUACCGCAGCCAGCGCGUACAAAGUACACGGACCAAUUAGAUGAGCUGAUUCUGGAGGAUGAGUUGCAACGCAUCAAACUGGAGGGCAAGAUCGAUAUUCAGAAACUUGUUACAGGGGCGGUUAUUGCAUUAUUUGGAGCAGAGCAGGAUAAUGGAAAGUUCCUUGUGGAGGAUCUUUGUACCUCGGAUAUCCCACCACAGCAGCAACUGCCAGUAUCGGACACUGAUAGGUAUGUUUUAUUGGUUUCGGGCCUUGGCUUGGGUGGAAAGAAUGCGGACAGUCUUCUCGGUUUGCAACUUCUCAUUGACAUGGUAACGGGACAAUUGGGAGACGAGGGCGAGCAGAGUAGUGCCGCAAAAAUUUCUCGUGUGAUUUUGGCAGGAAACCUUCUCAGUCGCAACACCCAGAAUAAAGAUUCUUUCAACAAGGCAAAAUACCUAACAAAGAAGACACAGGCUGCUAGUGUAGAAGCCAUUAAAAUGCUGGAUGAAAUCCUGGUGCAACUGAGUGCCUCCGUUCCUGUUGAUUGCAUGCCUGGUGAAUUUGAUCCAACAAAUUAUACGUUGCCACAGCAGCCUCUGCACCAUUGUAUGUUUCCACAAGCUGUUACCUACCCCACGAUGCAGCUGGUCACCAACCCUUACCAAGCAGAUAUUGACGGAGUCAGAUUUCUGGGUACAGCAGGACAGAAUGUGAACGACAUAUUCUGUUAUAGCAGUAUGAAUGAUCACUUGGAAAUCCUGGAAUGGACUUUAAAGAUUGGCCACUUGAGCCCUACUGCGCCUGACACACUUGGAUGUUACCCAUUCUACGAAACUGACCCGUUCAUUAUCAAGGAUUGUCCUCAUGUUUACUUUUGUGGCAAUGCUCCGUCAUUCAAAUCAAAAAUCAUCAAAGGUGUAGAAGGACAACGGUUGCUUUUGGUUGCCGUCCCAGAAUUUGCGACCACACAAAAGGCCUGUCUGGUGAACUUGCGGACUCUUGAAUGUCAACCUGUCAGCUUCUCUGCUUUCUCUGCUGAGGACGACAUUGGUGAAAUGGACAUCAGUCACUGAAUGCACAAAUGGUUUAAAUUUCUUUGGACUUGGAAACUGGUUCUGUUCCUGUUUGUCGAAGCACGCUCUGCAGAAUGCUAUGAUGCACUUCAGUGAGCAACUAAUGUCCUGUGCAUCUUUCACAGUUGGUGGUGACAUUUGGAAGAAAUGAUUUGUCACCAUUUUUGUUUUGAGCCUGUUGCUUCUCCUGAAGUACCGUGCAGUAAUGUGGAGAGAGCUGAUAUUUUGUUAAACUCUAAAAUUGAUCAAUGAGCCUCUUAAUCUUGUCUCAUUGGUUUGUUUUCAAAAUACAAGAUAUGAUUUUAACAUGUAAUGAGAGACCUUACUAUUUGUCUAGUUAACAUUAAUGUGCUGAUAUUCAAACUAUCCCUGAGGAAUAGUUUACAAGAGUCAAUUUAAGCUAUUAGUGAAAGAAUGUUAAACUUUGGUAAUAGGUACCAGAGUUCUUGUUUUUAAAAAAAAAUUUUGGGGUGGUUGUACUUUUAUACCGUCACUUUUUCUGUGAUUUAUAGCACAAUCCUUUUUUCUAUACCUGGUAUAUUUGGAUAUGAAGCAUUUCUGAAAAUAAACUUAAGUAGAAGGUGCUGUUAAUUUCAAUACAUUGUCUGUCUGGUGGAUGCUAAGUUCUUGAAGUAUUUUUUUAAAUAAACAUUUUGUUGUAAAAUAUUUGAGAAUUCUUAUGUAAUAUAUAAUUGGGGAUCAUUGUAGCUAAAUGCACAAUAACAAAUGUUGUGCUUACUGAUAUAAGGCCUAACUUUAUCCUAGCGAAGAGAGUUAAAGCAUAAAAUUAACAUUGCUAUUCUACUCAAUCUGUUUCCUUUUGCUACUCCAAUCAUUGUAUCAUUAAUUCUAUUCCUGAGCAGCCCAUAUAAGAUGCCAGCCAUUUGCUGGAGUUAUGUUUUAAGGUAAUAAGUUGUGGAACUUGGCUGAGCUUUUCAAGUUACUGCAAGUAAUGAAUACACUGUAGUUUUGGUGGGACAUUUGCAAGCUGUCUGUAUUUUUAUUGCAUAACUGCCAUCACUGUGUGAAUUUGAUUUUGACCAAUGUUUACAAUUUACAUACUGAAUUCUAAGCAAUUUUGCAUUUACUUGAAUAGGACUGCAUUAUUUUCACCUACAGUCCUUUCAGCUCGCCCAGCGAAGAUUAUUCAGUUCUACUUAUUAGUAGUGGAUUUGAAUCCUUGUUUUUCUAUGAUUUGCAUUUCUUAUGUUUUAGUGAAAAAUAUACAAAAGCAGAAAACAAAUGAUCAACUUGUGAUUAUAAAUGUGCUGGAUGACUAAAAAAACUAGUUUGAGUUGGGUUUUGAGGUUUGAAUCAAAGUGCUGACAAUUAUUGAGGGAAUUGUGGAGCAUAGUGCCGCCAUAACUGGCGGCAAAACUGCCUGAGGUGAAGCAGUUUGACAAGGGCGACCCCAGAAGAUGCCAGAACAAAAAACGUGCAAGGAUUUUGGAAGUUACUGCGUUUGGAGGAAGAUACACAUGGUAGAGUGAAUCCCUGGAUGGGUAAUUACAAGGAUAAGUAUUUUAAAAUGGAGCAACUCCAGACCAGGAGCCAUUGUAGAAUGAUAAGCAAGGGUCACGGGUGAGCAAGAUUUACUAUGACUUCGAUCACUUAAUCCAGAAUUUUGAAUGCAGAAGAAUGGUGCAUAAGCUGGUCCUGCUAACGUAUUAGGAGACUUGAUUUGGAUGUAUGAAAUAUUGCUGCAGUUUUGAAAAUUAAACUCCAAUUAAAAGUA